AAAACAUUGACUCCAGUAUAAGCCGAGGGUGGUAAAUUUCAGAAAUAAAAAUACAUUCCAAUUACCAUAUAUACUCGAGUAUAAGCCGACCGGAAUAUAAGCCAAGGCACCUAAUUUUAUCACAAAAAAACAGGGAAAACAUUGACUCCAGUAUAAGCCGAGGGUGGUAAAUUUCAAAAAUAAAAAUAGAUACCAAUAAAAUUACAUUAAUUGAGGCAUCAGUAGGUUAAAUGUUUUUGUAAUUGGGAUACAUUUGCAAAUUCCAGUCAAUUACCAGUGGUUUGAACAGAGAAAAUGGCUUUUCAGCCCAUUAUAUAUAUUAAUAGGCUGGCUUUCAUGAUAGUUGUGCGUAUGACAAACAAACAAACAAAAGCCUUCAAGAAAAGGCUCUGCUUCCAACAGCACCAAACUUUCCUGAAAGCAGAACGUAUUAGUUUCACACUUCAGAGCCAAUUAACAGCCAAGCAGACCCGUGUUUUCGCUUAACGGUGCCAGCAUGUUUAUGCUAAGUGCCUAAUGUUACAAUCCCGUUUUUUCCGUAUCCCAUUUCGCCCCCUCCCCAGCUCCUCAAAUCAAUGAAUACGGUACUCCAUCAUUUCAUCUGAAGAAGUGGAUUGCAAGCCACAAAAGUUGAUACUAAAACAGGAGGGUUGAAUGAAAAGUAAUGCCUCCACCUUUGUAACUCCUCAACAGAUGGCAGUCCUGGUCUGUGGCAGGUAAUGGCUUGUUCAGGAGACUCUCAUCUACAGUUAGCUCCAUUUGGCGGGAAGCCUUAGCAUUGAACGGUUGUGUUGUUAAAGUGUGAAGUAUGGAACCCUGUGCAGACGGAGAAGCCUUAGCAUUGAAAGGUUGUGUUGUUAAAGUGUGAAGUAUGCUUGGCUAUCGGAAGAUCUGUGCACAGUUGGUCCUGUGAGACGCUGGUUGUGGAAACCGAGUGUCGACUUCUUCCCGUGACGGCUUCAGAAAACUUGUUCAUCGUUGGCAGAAAUGUAUCCAAUUAUCUGGUCAUUAUGUGGAAAAGUGAAUAGUGGUAAAGAGCACAUUCUUAGGAUUAUUUCUGCAUUUGAUUUAUUAAAAUAUUCCCAUCCAAACAGAAGUAACGAAGGUGGAGGCAUUGCUUUUAAUUCAACCCUCGUAGAUUUGGUCUUAAAGGUUCUACAGAACGGCUUUUUUUCCUUUACUUCCCAUACUGAAACAAACCAGCAUGGCUAACCCUUAACAGAUUGCUUGUGUGUAUAUUGUGUGGGUAUACCUUUCCUCCUCUGCAAUGCAUCCAUUCCUGGAGCCAGAAUUGACAUCUGGACGCGCACGGCUUUGUUUGGCAUGCACACAUCACACCCUCGCCCACAAUUACUUCCCACGCUGUCUUUGUUUUCCGACCGGGGUCUGCAGCCCCCUUUCAUUCAGAGGGGAGCAAAGAAAUUGGGCAACUGGUUUUCCUCGCACACCUCAUUCUCUCUCCCCCUCUCCUGCCACCCCUUCCAGCUUCACUUUCCCCUUUGUUUUUGUUCCAGGAAGUCACGACAUCAAGAGCAAGUCAAAGUCAAAGCCACAGCGCAAGGCACAGAAUCUUAUCUCGCCGGCACAGAUACUGCCUGUUGUGUUCCCCUACCAAUACCACUUGCUACGCAGGAGAGCUGGAAGGCACAGGACCAGUGAGCAAAGUGUUGGCAGAAGCUGGGGCUAACAGCAGGUGCUCAUUCCUCUCCCUGGAUUUGAACCUGCGACCUUUUGGUCCACAAGUUCAGCCGCUCAGCGCUUUAACACGCUGUGCCACCGCCCGCCACUCUGAAAAUCCCUAGAGGAGACAUAUUUUGUCAGAUGCAGGUGCGGGCUCCGAGGAUGGCGCAGGGCCCGCCAUGUCCCUCCGGGCGGCCCCGACAGAGGACGGCGGAGCCUCGGCGCCGGCGGGACCCCCGGAGCUGUCCCUGGAAGAGGUGCUGAAGGCCUACGAGCAGCCGCUCAACGAGGAGCAGGCCUGGGCCGUGGCCUUCCAGGUCUGCCGCGGGAUCCAGGGCGCCGGGAAGGACGGGCCCGCCCGGGGGCCCCAGGGGCGCCUCGCCGGACCCGCCGACCUCCUCCUCCGCCGGGACGGAGCCGUCGCCGCCAAAGGAGAGAGCGGCCUGGCCGAACUCCCAUUGACUUUAACGCCUUCUGCAGAAGCCCAGAUGGUGCAGUCGCUGGGCUUUGCAAUCUACCGGGCCUUGGACUGGGGCCUGGACGAGAACGAGGAGCGGGAGCUCAGCCCCGACCUGGAGCGCCUCAUUGACCUGAUGGUCAACAGCGACUCGGAGGACAGCAGCUGCGGCACGGCGGACGAAGGCUAUGGCGGCCAAGAUGAGGAGGACGAGGAGGAGGAAGAGGCGGCGGCGGCGGCCAGGGGGGCCCUGCGCGCCGUGCGCACCUUCCGCCAGGUCAUGCGGCUCUGCACAUCGAGGCUCAGCCAGCCCCAGGAGGCCCAGGCGCACUACCAGGCGGUCUGCCGGGCCCUGUUCCUGGAGACGGUGGAGCUGAAGGCCGCCUUGGCCAAGAUCCAGGAGACCAAGGAGAUGUUGACGAAACUGAAGAAUGAAGACGAGGAGCUGAGAGACCGGUCAGUUGCAGACCUGGACAACCUGAGGAACACCGACUGGGCCCGGCUCUGGGUCCAGCUCAUGCGGGAGCUGCGCAACGGGGUCAAGCUCAAGAAGGUCCAGGAGAAGCAGUUCGACCCCUUGCCCACCGAGUACCAGCUGACCCCCUUCGAGAUGCUGAUGCAGGACAUCCGGGCUCGGAACUACAAGCUCCGCAAGGUCAUGGUGGAUGGGGACAUCCCUCCGCGGGUGAAGAAAGAUGCUCAUGCGCUCAUCCUUGACUUCAUAAGAUCCCGGCCACCCUUGAGACAGGCUUCGGAGCGGCGGCUGCGGCCGAUUCCUCAGAGGCAACGGACGCUGCAUGAAAAGAUUUUGGAGGAGAUCAAGCAGGAGAGGAAGCUUCGUCCGGUUGAAGAGCGCUUCCAGAACCAGAAAGGGUUCGGAUCCGUGCCUUGCCUGGUGAAGGCCUGCUCCGGUGACGCCAAGUCCACCUCCUGCAUCAACCUCUCCGCCUCGGACUCGGGGACCCCGGUCCAGCAGCGCCAAAGACCCCGGAUCCUGCUGAAGGCCCCGACGCUGGCCGAGAUGGAGGAGAUGCUCACCUCCGAAGAGGAGGACUCUCCCGGGUCGGAGGCUUUGCAAGGUCUGGGGCUGAAGCGCGACCGCUCUUUUUCGGAGCAGGACCUGGCCCAGUUCCAGAGCGAGAGCCAGAGCAAUGCGCCGGACGCCGAGAACGACGGAUACAGCGGGUCCGAACCCAGGCCCCGCUCAGGUACCCCCUCCGAUGCAUGGACCAGAAUCCAGAACCCGGGAUCCGUCCCGGCCAGUUACCACCCGGCGGUCUCUUGCGGCUCCAGCCCCUUCCCGGCCAAGCAGGGCUUCCUCAGCUCCGUGGAUGAAAAGUCCGAGGCCGGAUCGGGACCCCCUCCUCCGGAGUCCAGCAUGAAAUACUUGUGGCUGCAAGAGUUCAGCCACCCGGAGAGCUUGGCCCUGACCGUGGAGGAGAUGGUCAAUGACCGGCGGGUGCUGGUCAAGGCCGAGAUGGAGAAGUUCCAGCAAAGCAAGGAGCUCUACAGCAGCAUGAAGAAGGGCAAGAUCUGUUGCUGCUGCAAGACCAAGUUUGCCCUCUUCUCCUGGCCGCCCACCUGCCUCUUCUGCAAAAGGUCUGUCUGUGGUUCUUGCAGCCUGAAGAUCAAGAUGCCUUCCAAGAAGCUGGCCCACAUCCCGGUCUAUGCCUUGGGCUUCGAGACCCUGCCGGGCUCAUUGGGGCCCAAGGCACCCCCUUUCCGGAAGAAGGAGACCUUCCACCCCUUGCAGGGCACCCGCUGGCGGAGCGUGGAGGAGGAGUUCCCCUACAUCUACGCCCACGGCUCGGUGCUCAAGGACGUCUGCUCCGACUGCUCCGGCUUCGUCACGGACGUGGUCAGCUCCAGCCGCAAGAGCGUGGACAUCCUCAACACCGCCACGCCCGACCGGAGGAGCCGCAAGACCCAGUCCCUCUACAUCUCCUCCAGCUAGGCCCCCGACACCAUGGCCCCCAUCGUCCCCAAGCCUUUGGGUCACAAUCUGCACCGAAAGAGGAGCUGGAGAGGAAGCGCCAACGUCUCUGCUUUCUUGCAUCCACUCCGACACCCAUCGUCCCCGUCUCUGCCUGUGCUGUGUCUCCAAUGCACCAGAGAGGGAAAGGAGUCAAAUUCUUUUUUGGGUUCGGAAAGGAAGCCUCAACCUCUCCGCUUUCUAUCUUCCUUGCAUCCACUCCGACACCCAUCAUCCCCACCCGCCUGCAUCUGUGUAUACGUCCGUGUAUAUAUAUACAUAUCGAUAGACACUCUAUAUUUAUUAUCCACGGAUCCACUUGCUCCUGUCUUUCCUCCCUUGCGCCCCAGCCCUCUGCACAUGCUCUAUGGAAAUGGAGAAGACCAAGAAUAGUGUUUUAUGUGUUGUCGAAGGCUUUCAUGGCCGGGAUCACAGGGUUGUUGUAUGUCUUUCGGGCUGUGUGGCCAUGUUCCAGAAGCAUUCUCUCCUGACGUUUCGCCCACAUCUAUGGCAGGCAUCCUCUCAGGCAUCCUCUCAGGCUUAAGCGGCUGAGAGGGAAAAGGAAAGGGCCUGAGAGGAUGCCUGCCAUAGAUGUGGGCGAAACGUCAGGAGAGAAUGUUUCUGGAACAUGGCCACACAGCCCGAAAGACAUACAACAACCCAAUAGUGUUUUAAAUGGGCUGCAUUCCUUUCAUUGGCGUAUGGAGAUUCUGGUCAAAUUCCCCUUUCUUCUUCCUUUCCUUCCCUCCCUUGGGCCCCAGCCCUCUGCCCAUGCUCUAUAAAAAUAAACUUUACCCAUGCUUUGGCCAGGUCAGGCUUCAAAGGAAGCAAUUGCUGUUUGUGCCAAUCUACUUGCCCAGCUUGUCGCUGUUUUCGUUGCCUCUGGACUUCAACACAUGCCUUACGGACCCUGAAAUAAUAAUAAUCCACAAUUAGACGGAAGGAGAAGAUUCCUCCUUGCCUCCCUCUUCCUUAGAAGUCCUCCCAGCAGCCGAUGUUUUAUACGCUGCCUGCACUGUAUAGAAUUGUAAAUAAAAUUGAAAGCGAACCAAA